AUGCGCUCAUUUACCGUUCUCGCCGCCUUGACGGCAACUGGCUCGGCUCAGCUUUUGUCUCUCUCUGAGCUAGCCAGCAUCCCGGUCUCGACUGUGCAGACUGUCCCCAUUGGUUUUGGCAACCAGACUGUUGCAGCAACCAAGAGAGACGUCAACAACUUGGCCGCUCGCGGCGACUGCAGCGCUCUUCCCGCUGGCAGUGGUCCGGUCCCCUCCACCGACUCUGAUACGGCUUUCCUCGCCGACACGGACCUGUCCAACGCCGCUUUGGCGGCCGUUACCCCGGCUGGAUGGUACCAGACUUUCCAGAACCUCCAGUCUGCGACCUCCGCCUCGGCUUACAUGGGAUACAAGACCUAUGCCACCUACAGUCCUGCGCAGUGCGCGGCUGACUGCAAAUCGAACACCGGAUGCACGGCUUUCAACGUCUUCUUCGAGAGAGAUCCCAGCCAGGACCCCGGCACCGCUUGCCCCAACCCCUCGAGCACGACUGUCAUCAAGUGCAGCUUCUGGGGUGUUGGCAUCGGUCCUUCCACUGCCACCAACAGUGGUGAAUACAGGAACGACUUCCACGUUGUGAUUGCUGGCUCAAACGGAUAUCAGCUCACAGCACCCGACUAUGCCGUCACUGGCUACAACUCUACUUUCACUGACACAGCUACCAUCAACGCUCCUAGCGACUGCAACAGCUACAUCACCUACAGAGCCCACACCAAUGCCGCAUACGACCCUUCUCUUUGCGCUGCCGACUGUGCUUCUCAGAGACAAGAGACCAACCCUUUCAACGGUCUCUACUGUCACUUCUUCACCAGCUACUCACUUGUCAAGAAUGGUGUCGUCCAGGCUCAGAUCUGUGCACUGUACUCGCGUACUUGGGACAAGAGCUACGCCGUCAACACGGGGUACACCUCGGGCUCUGAUGUCUACACCAUCCAGUAUGCUUACUCGUACUCUUACACCUCUGAUAUGGGCACUUGGACUUGCCCUCAAGGCAAUGCCGCUGUCGCCUCUACGACAUCGACUACCUCGUCCACGUCUCAGAUCGCGACUCCUUCCACUCUUUCCACAUCUACUACCUCGCGGGCCGUCACUUCUUCGACCUUGACUACAUCCACCAGCUCAUCUGCUUCCACGAUCAAGACUUCCACCUCUUCCUCGGCCGCCGCCGCAACAACUAGCAGCACAGCGGUCUCCAGCGGGCCUAUCACCGCUUGCCCCAGCCCCGUGAGCUAUGUCGUAGGAUCUGCUGGUGGCCUGUACGCUGUCUGCGCCAACACCGACUUCAUGAUCCCCAGCCCUCAGAUCUACUAUGGCUACAAGUCCAACGCUGACUGUGCCACUGCCUGCGAGGCGCAAUCUGGCUGCACCAAGGCUGUCUACAACCCUACCACACAAAUCUGCUAUCUGAAGGGUAGCCCCAGCGUCGCCGCCUCCAACUGGAACAUUAAUGCGCCCUUCCAGACCCUCGUAAAGGUCGCUGACGGCACCUCUCUCACCAAGUGCCUGGCUCCCACUUAUACUGUUAACUACCUCGGCACCACCUACCAAGUCUGCCCCAGCAGUGACUUCACCAACAACCCUGCCACGGACAUCUGGUACUACGUUCCCAGCGACCUCGCCUGCAUUGCUUUGUGCCGCUUGAGGUCAGGAUGCACCAAGAUUGUGUACAACUUUGUCACCAAGACCUGCUACAACAAGGGCAACCCGUCCCUGGCUAGCACCGGAUGGCACGUCAACACCCAGUUCCGCGCCAUCUACAUCAACUAA